AUGGCGCUUUUCUUUCUCAUCGUUGCUUUGGCCCUGCUAUCUGCCACCGACGCAGCUGCUAUAUCUGCCAACUACCCGAUCAAUGCGCAAUUACCUCCAGUCGCGCGAGUCGACCAGCACUUUCAAUUUGUUUUCGCAGCCAGCACAUUUGCCAACACCGACGCAGACACGAAAUAUUCGCUCAAAAAUGCACCAUCAUGGCUUGAAGUGGAUAGCAGCAGCCGGACGCUUUCAGGCACUCCUUCUAAUGACACCGGUCCCAAGAAGUUCCAGCUCGUGGGAUCAAACGGAUCGGGGUCUGAUAGCAUGGAUGUCACCCUAAUCGUCACGGCGGAUCGAGGACCAACCUUGGGAAAGCCACUUAUCACGCAGUUGCAGGCUGUGGGUCCCGUUUCCUAUCCGUCGACUCUGUUCAUACAACCGGGGCAUGAUUUUACCAUUUCUUUCGACAAGGAUACCUUCCAGAACACGCACCCUUCCACAAUCUAUUACGGGACUUCACCAAAUAAUACACCACUGCCAUCCUGGAUCGACUUCGACGCUGCAGCACUGAAAUUCUCUGGGAAUAGCCCGUCUUUCCCGGGUUCAAGCUCAGAGGCCUUCACAUUCGAGCUUGUUGCAUCGGAUGUCGCUGGAUACAGCGCCGUCAAUAUGACAUUCGAAAUCGUGAUCGGCCCGCACAUUUUGGCGUUUAACGAGACCACCCAGACCUUCAAUCUCACCAGGGGCCAGAAAUUCAGCAGUCCCAGUUAUCGAGGUCUUCUUUCGCUUGAUGGAUCCCCAACAUCGAGCAAAGAUUUGACAUCUGUUGAUGCUGAAUUGCCCGACUGGUUAAUAUUGGAUAAUGUCACGAUCUCGCUCAGUGGCACACCGUCCGAUAAUGCCGUAAACCAGAAUAUCACCAUCACCGUAACGGAUACUUACCAGGACCAGGCGAAGAUCAUGCUUCAGCUUGAAUUCCUCGAACUCUUCCUUGACACGGUUCAAGGCUGCGAAGCCACCAUUGGCGAGGACUUUACGUUUGUGUUCAACCAGUCGAUCGUAACCGACAACUCCGUGCAGCUUGAUGUCGGUCUGAACCAGCAACUUUCAUCGUGGCUUACCUACGACUCCGGCAACAAGACGCUCCACGGGCACGUUCCAGCGGACAUGCAGCCUCAGAAAUGGACCAUUCCCUUGACUGCGCAUCAAGGAUCCACCAAGAACACGCGAAACUUUGAGCUUGAUAUUGUCAAAGCAUCGGACCAUCUCGAUCCUGAAGACCCUUCCAAUCCAUUUUCCCCAUCCGCCAGUCCCUCUCACAGGAAAGCCGGGAUUAUUGCGAUCUCCGUUGUGAUCCCUAUCGUUGCAGUGUUGAGUCUCGUGGUUCUCUUUUUUUGCAUGCGUCGCCGCAGAAAGUCAUCUACGGUGGAAGAAGCGCUCUCGAAACCAAAAGGAUCUCCUCCUCCGCGGCCCGCACGGCCGGAUGCAUCGCUCGCUCAUUCAAAUACAGCUUUCCGUGAAGAGCCCUCCGCGGACGACACUUCCUAUGGCUGGCUGAGCUCAACCAUCCCUGCUUCCGAUCUGCCUAAGCUCGAACUUGGGCCCACGUGGAACAUGGAAUCAUUUGGGAAAGAGCAGACCCCGAUUCCGCAACCACAACCAAGUCCGCCACCUCGUUCCCCGGCCAGAGGGACCUUCGUUCCGCUGAGAGAUUCGACUGUAGAGGGCGAAAAGAAACCGGCCAGCAAUUCUCCCUCCAAGUCUUCUCCUAAGAAGCAGACUCAACGUCUUUCCUUCAACAAUCCUUCUCCCGUACGCCGCCGCCGCUCCAGCCGACGCGAACCCUUGAAACCGAUUCAACCACGGGCUAUGAAGCGCGAAUCUGUUCAAUCAGUGCGUUCGAAGCGAUAUUCCAAGCGGUCUAGUGGAAUCUCAUCUGUUGCCUCUGGAUUGCCGGUACGACUUAGCGGGGCCGGCCACGGUGCCGGUGGAUUUGGACCUCCGGGACAUGGUGUGGUACAGAUAUCCUGGCAAAACGCCAAAGCCUCCUUCCCCAAUGAUGAGAACAGCUUGAACAACAUUGCACCGCUGUUUCCUCGACCCCCCAAUGCGCGGACCCGACACAGCAUGGCAUCCACCAUCCCAGACCCGACGAAGCGGAUGACGUUACGAACCGUGGAGCCCGACGAUUCGCCCACCUCCGAGGCAGACUCCCUGGAGGCCUUUGUGCACAGCCGUGCCAAGAACCGGAACUCGACCAACCCGUUGUUCGCUAGCCAGCUUGACCGCCGCGCCUCCUCCGGGCUACGCGCCCUCGAGCGAGCACGCAGCCAGCGCAAUCGAGCAGACACUGUCUCGGUGUCGACCUUCUCCGAUGAAUACCGACAAUCUAUCCAAGAGCGGCCCGUCUCGAUGGCCAUGUCGGCCUCUGAAUACGGCGGUGAAGACAACCGCUUCUCUCAGUACCAGAAUCUCCAGCCUCCGCCCAGUCUACACCCGCUUGCCGAGGGCGCCGAGAUGAGUCGCAGCCAGCUCAGCCUGGCACACGACUACCGCGGCGUCAUUUCUCCACUCCCUCGAUUCUGGAGUGAUAAUAGUUUGAGCAGUGCCCGCCGCUUGGCAUCGGGGAGCCAUGAAAAGCCCCUGCAGCCAUCGGGUGGAGGAGCUUCCGCCAUGCCUCCGAGCUCUUCGAUGGUCUCCGAUCUCGAGGAGCACCUCUCCCGCAAGGCUAGCCCUCAGAAGAGCAAGAAUCAGGACUGGGGCAUGUCGCUGGAACCACCACCCACCCUGAAGAAUCUCAGCAGCCAGGGCCUGCCGGUUGCCAGCAGCGGCGAGCUGGCAUUUGUGUAA